ACUUGUUUAAGAGGCUAAGAUAAUUGAUGUCAACCAUUCUUCCAUUGCUUGAAGUGCAAAGAGUUUAAAUCUCUAAUCAGCCCACCAAUUGCUAAGCAUUUCCUUUUCAUCUCCCAGGAAAAAGGCAUAACACAGACCUACCAUCCACCAAUUUGGACCAUUCUUUUCUCUAAUCUGAAUCCAUUUGCCUUAUAGAAUUUGGUCUUUGUUAUAUUGUUAGCCAACCAUAAUAAGUACCUUCCAACAUCUUUGAGGUUGAAGUGAGAAAACAGAACAUUUCGAAUAUGCUGCGAGAAACAAGAAAAGCUUCAGGAAACCUGGUUUGUGGCAAAGAAGGAAAUAUCUUUCUUUUUUAAUGAUGAUGAUGGUGCAGUCCUGUUUUGCAGGGACCAUAUAUGUCACUAGUCUACAAUCGUGCGCUCACUGAUUGAGAUUAUGCAUGUUUCUUGUACACUUUUGUUCUAUGUCCCCAUUCUUUUGUGGGUUGCUCUGUGUUCCAAAGUCAACUAAAGAAGCCCAGAUGGACACGAGAAGCAUGAUUGGCAUAUUUAGGGAGGCUAAGUGAUGAUGGGGGCCGCAUGGGCUGGCAUCGUUGUCGUCGUCAGCUCGUCACUCACUCGAUCUCAGCUGUUGGAUCGCUGUGGGCGAUAUCAUCUACAAGAUUGCCAUCGGGUCGAUCCAACUGAUGAAUUCGCGCGGGGAGACCGAUCUCGAUGAUGAUAUUAUUGUGGUGCAGGGGGCCUAAUAAGCUGUGAAAUGAUGAAAGACCAUAUCAUGCUGCAUCAGGUAAUGGUAGUGGCUCAUUAUGGCAUAUACAAGGGAUGACCGAUAACAAAUGACUUAUGAGCUGUUUGUUUCCUGAGAAUAUUACUGAAAUGAAUAGGGAAAGGGAAAGAUAGUAGAAAGGAUUAAGGAGGGCGCAUGGGGUUGGUGUAGGGUAUAUAGUUUAGUGGCACAAAGAAAGAAAGUACCUUUUUUGUUUCAUGGAACAUGCUGUCUGUCUGCAUUACCAGUGGAUUUUUCCACUGUGUAAAAAAGGAUUAAAGCGAAACAAAGCACUUGAUUGGUUGAAGGCCUCUUUUUAU